AUGGCCCCCGAGUCGCUGUUCCACCGGAAGUACACCACCAAGACGGACGUCUGGGCCUUCGGAGUGCUGCUCUGGGAGAUCGUCACACUCGGUGCAACCCCGUACCCCGGUAUGUCCAAACGAGAAGUGAUGGACGGAGUGCAGCAGGGAUACAGGAUGGACAAACCUAAACACUGCGAUGACAAACUCUACACCCUAAUGUUGAGCUGUUGGGAUGCUGAUCCCGCCCGGAGACCAGAGUUCCGGAAGAUCCAGCGGACUCUGGAUUCACUCAUGGAGACUGAAGAUGACUACAUCAACCUGGCUAGUCUGGACGAGAACACCUACACAAGUCUGCAAACCGCCUCGGACGAGAAGUACUAA